AUGUCACACAAAAGCCGAAAGGGACUAGAUUAUCCUCUUCAACGGUAUAUAAUUGAUGGGUGUUUACCCGGAUUAGACCAAGAGGUAAUGAAUGGAGGAAUGACAGGAUUCCCUCUAGCUGAGAUCCAGGCAAAGACGAAACAAUUACAGUAA